AUAACCUAUCAGAAUAUUCCGCUAGGGACAAAUGCUGGCAAGGAGAGAAUGUCAAAUUGUUGACCGCUAAUCUAUUGGGUCAAAACGAAAUUAAAUUCAAUUUCCUGGUUAUUUCCCUUUUAGUUUUGUAAGGAAAUUAAUGUUUCCAUAUAUGCAGGACCCUUAAAAACAAAUAUAAUUUAGUUAGAGGUUACCCCUCAGCUAUCUUGAAGAAUUUUAAUUAAACUCUGUUUGGAAGAACAUUGAAUUGAAAGCGAGAAUGUGUAAUACAACAAGAUGCCUUGCAAGUCUAUCCCUGUUGGUUUACAACAUGCUGUACUUUUUUCAAGUCUCUGUUCUGGUAUACUAUAUGGCGGAACACGUGCAUAGUCUGAUGGCUUUAACUAUCAUCGUGUUCAUGGCCUCUCCUGCCUAUCUUCUCGCUAAUCGUUGUUUCUGUACUUCUGAAGCACGAAAAAAUGCCAUCAGAUGGAUGUGGGUUCCAUGGUUCCUUUACAACUUGGCACUUGUGGCGUCAGUCGCACUCAUUUUCACAAAAGUGAUAGAUAAGGUCGACAAUACGGAUUUCUGGGGUCCAAAUACAUUAAAAACAUUACUGUGUAUAACUCCCGUGCUGCUGAUGUUAUUGUUGAACGGUAUAAUACCAGCUGGGAAUCAGAAAUUGGUUCAAAGAAUAACAGCUAACAUCGUUUUAGACCUUUUCGAUGCCAUCGAAAUGCUAGAAAUAAUUUUACUGCAAAAAUGUGGGGCGUUUCAUUUACCAAAGUUACUAGAACGAUGCAUUCUUGCAUUUGUAUCUCUGGCGAUUUUGCUUUCUUCUCUGGCGUUGUUUCAACAUAAAGUAAAGCCGCUCACAGAUGAAAUUGCUAUCAGACGAAAGACGGUGAUAUUUCGUACAUCACUCCAGGUGUUUCUCGUGAAUUUGGCGUUUCUGAUCAUUAGAUCAUUGGUGUGGAUCAACUAUGGUUACGAUGCCUCGAUAUUUAUUACCAAGAAUGUGCUGGCAAUUUUGAUAUGUUUGAGUGAAAUUUUUGCAAAAUUCGAGUGGUGUGGAUGUGGAAACAGAUCCUAUGAAACAUUCACGGUGUAA